AUGCCCGAAUAUCGCACUGUGAACAUAUGUGCUGGUAGCAAACCGUCGUCCGCCAUGAAGUUGUCUGCUGCUCUCCUCGCCAUCGCCGCCUUCGCGAACGUCGCCUCAGCGCAGGACUGCGACACGCCGGCCACGGUCUCUGGCUACAGCAACUCUGCGCUGCCUGACCCCUUCACCUUCAACGAUGGCUCGCCCGUCACGACGGCAGAGGACUGGGAGUGCCGACGCUCGCAGAUUCUGGCGCUCAUCCAGGGCUACGAGUCCGGCGCAGCACCGCCGGAGCCGGAGAGCGUCACUGGCACGGCGUCGGGCAACUCGCUCUCUGUACAGGUCAGCUACGGCGGCAAGUCCAUCACGUUCAACAACUCAAUCACCUAUCCGUCUGGUACUGCGCCUGCGGAGGGCUGGCCGGUCAUCAUCGCGUAUGAGUUCCCCAGUCUGCCGAUUCCUAGCAAUGUCGCGACGCUGUCCUUCCAGAACUCGGCCAUGGGAAAGCAAGACUCCACGUCCAGCCGCGGCCAAGGUCUCUUCUACGAUCUCUACGGCAGCAGCUCGAACGCGAGCGCGAUGACCGCCUGGGCCUGGGGCGUCAGCCGCAUCAUCGACGCCAUCGAGUCGACGCCGGACGCCAAGCUGAACCCCGCCGCGGUCGGCGUCACCGGCUGCUCCCGCAACGGCAAGGGCGCGCUCAUGGCCGGCGCGCUCGAGCCGCGCGUCGCGCUCACGCUCCCGCAGGAGUCCGGCUCCGGCGGCGACGCGUGCUGGCGCCUCUCGCGCUACGAGGAGCAGCAGGGCUCGCAGGUGCAGACCGCGACGGAGAUCGUCGGCGAGAACUGCUGGUUCUCGGCCGGGUUCGACCAGUACGUGAACAACCUCGACUCGCUGCCGUACGACCACCACUUGCUGGCGGCGCUCGUCGCGCCGCGCGGGCUCAUCUCGUACGCGAACACGGACUACGUGUGGCUCAGCGGGAUGAGCAGCUUCGGGUGCAUGACGGCGGCGCACGCGGUGUACGAGGCGCUGGGCGUGCCGGAGAACCACGGCUUCGAGCAGGUCGGCGGGCACUCGCACUGCCAGUGGCCAUCGCAGCUCGACGGCUCGCUGAACGCUUUCAUCAACAAGUUCUUGCUCGGUCAGGACGUCAGCACCGACUACUUCGAGAGCAACAACCAGUUCAAUGGUGUCACCUGGAGCGAGAGCCAGUGGAUCAACUGGGAGACACCGACACUUAACUGAAGGAUUGGUGAUGUUUCGCGCUCUGCAGAUGUAUACGGGUCGCUUGUAUUUUCAUUCUCGUUGGGUAAAGUCGGUUAUUGCAUGUAUCUGGGUCGGUGUAGCGAUAACAAAAGAUCGUUCAGAAUUGAUUGGGUUCUCUUCCCAACGUGCGUGGGUCGUACUUGCGCGUCUUCCACAAGAAUUCCGUCACCCCUGGGCUCCGCCACCCUCGCCCGCAAUGAGAUAACCUUGCUGGUCUUUCAAGUCCUUGCGAUAUACAGCACAUUUCUGGCCCAUAGGCGCAACGCACUCGUGUCGAAAGCAAAGC